AUGGGUAGAUAUUCAGUGAAAAGAUAUAAGACCAAGAGGAGAACAAGAGAUUUAGAUUUGAUUCUCAAUGAUCUCUCCUCACCGGACUCCAUUCAGAAGUUGAAGCAACAACCAGAAGAUGAAAACCUCCCUGGUUUGGGACAGUACUACUGCAUUCAUUGUGCCAAGUACUUCUUGGAUAACACUGCAUUGAAGGGACAUCUCCGUGGAAAAGUUCAUAAACGUCGGGUCAAGGAAUUAAGCGUAAACCCCUACACGAGUUUAGAGAGUGAGGCUGCUACUGGUACCAAUCUAGAAAAGUUUAUGGAGAAGGUAGCCAAAUACAAGGCCAAUGAAGGACCCAGACGUGAGAUGGAGCAUGGGAUGCUAAAGGACCAAACAGAAGAAUACGAUUUACGUGAUAGAAAGAAAUGGGAAGAGCUCGUUGGCUGCUGA